CUCGAGACAGUCGCGCGAGUAGAAGAAACUGGACCGGAAGUGCGUAUAACACCAGCUGAAGAGAUAAACGCUACCCAGAGGAAGCACAAUGCCUGAAGUAAAAUCAAUGUUUCGAGAGGUUCUGCCUAAACAAGGUCAGCUUUCCAUGGAGGACGUGCCCACCAUGGUCCUGUGCAAACCCAAACUUCUCCCACUGAAAUCUGUGACGCUGGAGAAACUGGAGAAGAUGCAACGGGAAGCACAGGAGCUCAUUAAACAACAAGAAAUGGCUCUUAGGGAACAUCAGCAACCAGAAAAAGCUGAGUAGGGUACACUACCAAGAGAUGAAGUGCACACUUCCAUUACAACCUAGUAUCAGCACAUAUCACUGAUAGAGUAAGUCAUAAUUCAUGUAUGGUCAACUGCAACAGUCAACUGUCAGAUUAAAUCUAUCAUUUUCUUUGUUCAUUUGAUAGAUAUAUAUUCCUUCAUGGGCUUAUUUAUGCUUUUGUUUGAGACCAUGUAUUAGAUAAGUUUAUAUCACUAUUUUUAAAAGGCAAGUUUAUGAUUCAAAUGACUGCAGCUCUGCAUGGAUUUAAUAUAUAUAUAUUCUCAAAUAUGUUGUAAAUAUAUGUGCAGUAUGGUAAAACUGCUCUGACAUCACUGUGAAUUAGGCUUUUCUCAAAAACAGCAGCUCAUGAAUUCAUGAAAUCGUGGUUCUGCACAGGCUUUAUAUUCUUUCUGGUUUGUCAGCACACUGUAUUCUGUAUCUGUCAUAUUUAAAUAUAUUUCUCUUCAUAACUA